AUGACCGAACGGCGAAGUGUAAUCGCGAAUCUGCUGAAUCCACUGCUAGAACUUUUAUUUCAGCCAGGAGAACGUCCACUGCAAGCCAAGAUAUCAAUUUAUGGAAGUGCUCGAACGUGCUUAAGGAGUGCAUACAUGGAAAUCCCAGAAAAGGAUCCAAAUGAGGCUAAUAGUGAUUGGUUAACGAAUGGAGUUAUAACUGGAAAUGGACCGACCAGCGACCAAAUCAACGAAGUGCUAAGUACUAGAAGUUAUGAGCUAAGUCAAUGUAUCUCACGAGAUAUCGUGGACUUACCGCAAGAACAUAAGAGUAUUCCUCUUCUGUUGCUAAGCGACGUGCUGCACGAAGAUCCUAGAACGUUUGCGGCAUUAGUUUCUAAAACGGGCGUCGCGAGAUAUAUGACUGAUCUGCUUGCAUCGAUUGAAAUGGACUGGGUAGCAUUAUCCCAAGGAAAUCCUGAGUCAUUACGAGAUCAUUUGCUCUUCAAAAGUCUCAUGGUCGCUCUAACACGUAUGUCUUUGACGGAAAGUGGUUGGAAUGCACUGGCCGAGUUGGCACUCCCAGAGGUUCUUGCCCAACUGCAAAUGUUCGGGCAUCCUCCAAAGCAAGUGUUUCUCCAGCCUGCAAGUAUCAAAGAGAAAGGUAAGCCGGGAGAACUGUACGUGUCAUCAGUUGAAAUUGUCCUCCAUUUAUGCGUUGCGGUAUGUGCAAAACCCAAAUGGAAGCGAUUAUCUUUCAAGAUAUUAGACGUUGUGCAUUCACAAGGUGAGCUCUUAAACCAAGUGAUGAGAGCAGAAAUCGAGUCCAGAAUGUUGGAUUACGCAACAGCCUUGGUUCAACAUAUAUGGGAGAAUGAUGACACUACUCGUGUGGUGAUAGAUGGUGACUCGGUGCUGAACCAGCUACGGGUCAGACCACAAGGACCUGACCUCAAGGACAAGUGGGCUAAGAAACCGUACUCCUUUGUGAUACCAAGUCGAUUGUGUCCGGAAUAUGUACGCUAA